UUGACAGCAAUUAACGGUCAUUGAUCCAAGCAAAGAGGGAUUCUACGGGGCGCGGGCCCAACAAACAAUCCUUCCAGCUUUGGGCUUGAAUUCCGAUUUGACAUCUGUUGAUGAACCUUCAGCCUAUACCGACCUAACAUUCACUAUUUGUUUAUCCUGCCAGCCGACCGACCGAUUGAGAAUUGAGGUGGUGGUUUCUAAUUGGCCGCGGGGACCCGUUCUGGUUUAAGAGGGAGGAUACCUGGUGGUCGAUUUCUUCGCACGUUCUGCUUGAGGCCAGGAGUUAUUUUAGGGUUCGCGGCGCUAGAAGAGGAACACACGCACAGCUGUCACGACUGGACAACUAUCCGGCAAUUUUCAACAUGCCUUUCAACAUGGCCUUGCUGUUGCUCGCCCUGUUCGCCUGGCAGGUCUCUGCCUCUUCAGAUAUCAUAUAUUGCUCAAGUGUGAAUACCGGAUCUUCAAACGCUGCAAAUAUCAGUGUGUAUCAGUCAAAUGGUCUAUGUACAGACCACUGUAAUGCCGAUUAUGCCUUUGGAAUCCUUCAAGGAAAGAGUUGCUGGUGUUCAAACAUUGCUCCCAAUAAAGCGACUAAUGUUGGCACGGCAAAAUGUGAUACUGGGUGCCCCGGCUAUCCCGACGAUAGCUGCGGAGACGCCUCCAAGGGCGUCUUUGCUUAUGUCCAGAUGAACCUGCAUGCACCCUCGGGAACAGCUACAGUCUCGUCGAGCGAGUCAACAUCCACAGAAUCAUCGACAAAAUCGUUGGAUUCUUCUAAAACCACUGAAACAUCGCCUAGCACGACCGCAAGCCAAGUGGUCGAAACUGUUGCCGGGGAAGUGAAAACAGUGACGGUCGCCAACCCAAAGUCAACGUCAACUUCAAGUGCUGAGUUGUCCCAGAAGAAUAGUGAUGGGUCGAGUUUGAGUGGAGGUGCAAUCGCUGGCAUCGUCAUCGGCGCGAUCGGCGGCUUAGCUGCUCUCAUAGCUAUAAUCUUCUUGCUUUUCUUUAAAAAGCGCCAGUCGCGUUCAAAUAGCCCGGAUCCGAGCGUCUCGAAUGUCUUGCUGGAUGGGAGAAACAGUAAAGGCUCUCAAAUGAGCUUCAUGAAGGGAGCGUACUCGGACAAUCACAGCCACACAUUAUCUGCCGGAUCUUCCAGAUUGCCAACAUUCACUGAUAACCGCUUGAAGACGGAUACGGUACUGUACCCUAGUGGCCGUCGCGACAGCGAAGUGUCACUUCAGGAUAAUGAAGACUACUCUCGACCAGUCCUUCGGCUUACGAACCCCGACUGAUAACCUUCGCCAAAUGGCUUCCUCCGUAAUCGAUUUCUUACUUAUCAUCUUCAUUUGCGCGUUCGGCGAAUAUAGCGGUCUUAUGAUACCCAUUUGUCACAUCCUUCUCAUCUAC